AUGCCUUUCUCGAUCAACAACCCCCUGCCCUCCUCCAUGAGGAGCGAGUGCAGGAAGGCGGGCAAGAUUCUAGCAUCCUUCGUAGACCCGCGACAAGCGUUCGGACCUGAUAAGAUCAUCCCGCCGGCGGUUCUUGCCAAUGCGAAGGGCCUCGCCAUUCUUACCGUUUUCAAAGCCGGAUUCCUCGGUACUGCGCGUUUCGGAUCAGGCGUCGUCGUUGCUCGUCUCGCAGACGGUACGUGGUCUGCGCCCUCAGCUAUCGGCAUCCUUGGCGGCGGCUUCGGCGGACAGAUCGGGUUUGAGCUCACAGACUUCGUCUUCAUACUGAACGACGCGAAUGCGGUCAAGACGUUCGCUCAGGCUGGGUCUCUCACGUUCGGGGGCAAUGUGUCGAUUGCGGCGGGACCGGUCGGGCGAAACGCGGAAGCCGCCGGAGCAGCGAGCUUGAGGAGCGUGGCCGGCAUAUUCAGCUACAGCAAGACGAAGGGGCUGUUUGCGGGUGUCAGUCUGGAAGGCAGUGGCAUGAUUGAGCGGAGAGACGCCAACGAGAAGCUUUACGGCAGAAGGUGGACAGCGAGAGAACUGCUAAGCGGACAGGUGGCCUCGCCGCCUGCCGCCGAGCCGCUGAUGCGCGUGUUGAACUCGAGAGUAUUCGCGGGCGUCGCUGGAAACGUGAACAGUGACCAGAUGUACAACGAUAUUCCCGUGUACGACGACCGGCACGAAGAUGUGGUCUGGCAGGGACGCAGGGGCUCGGCAUACGGAGAAGGCGUGAGGACAAACCGUACGGGGUCUAUGGGCGCUGCGGAUGAUCCCUAUGAGUACCGCGACAGACCAACCCGGGCCAGUACCUGGGCGGACGAUGUUUACGACCGUCAACCGACGUCAGCAGGCGGCAUUAACCGCUCAUUCUCAACCCGCGCCAAUCCCAACGAGACUUUCGACCAACUAGAUGGGCGCUCUCGGAGUGGCUCCGGAUUUGAUGACGACUACAGUUAUAGCGAUAAACCCAGGCCUGGUAGGCCUAGCGCUCCAAAGCCGGUGUUCAAGAAGCAGUCCAUGGGUCCUGGUCAGGCAAUUGCAAAGUUCACCUUUGAUCCAGAUCAGCCCGGCGACUUAGGCUUCAAGAAGGGCGAGAUUAUCACGAUCAUCAAGAAGACAGACGAGACCGAUUGGUGGACAGGGAGGAUAGGAGAUCGGGAGGGCAUCUUCCCGAGCAACUACGUAGAGACAGUCGAGUAG